CGAUGGAAUCUCCACGCGGAAGGAAGCGCGUUGCCUACAUUUGGCUAGGGUUUUUGGAUCGCGGCGCGUGGAUCUCUUACUUCCGGGCCUUGGACAUGGCGCAGCAAGUGAAGCAUUUGGAGGUGGACGUGGAGAAGAAGAUGCAUCUGGAGGACAGUGGCAUGGAGAAGAAGAAAGAGAAGAAGGAGAAGAAGGAGAAGAGCGCGGAGGUGGACGAGGAUCACAAGGAGAAGAAGAAGGAGAAGAAGGAGAAGAAGGAGAAGUGCGUGGAGGUGGACGAAGAUCACAAGGAGAAGAAGAAGGAGAAGAAGUAGAAGAAGGAAAAAUGCGUGGAAGUGGACGGCGACAAGGAGAAGAAGAAGGAGAAAACAGAGAAAAGCUUGGAAGUUGAUGAUGAGAAGGAAAAAAAGAAGGAAAAGAAAGAGAAAACGUUAGAGGCUGAGCAUGACAAGGGAGAUGAGAAGAAAGAGAAGAAGAAGGACAAGCAUGGCGAUGACACGAAGGAGAAGAAGAAAGAGAAGGAAGGAUCAGGCGAGGGCGAUGAAAGGAAGG